GCGCUUCUCUCUUCUUUCAACUCGCGUGCUCUGCAUCUCAUCGAUCUUCACUUCUGCAUCUGCACUUGGUGCUGCAUCGAUAGUGGCAUGAGCGACCGGCUUUAUAUUGCAAAAAUAUAAUUAGUCGCCCAUACCGAGUUGCUAUUUGAUUGCUGAAAACACCUCUGGAGGAAAAAUCAUGGCCAGCAUCGAAGAUUUGCAGAAGCUGUGCAACAAGGUUGAAAGCGUCAUUGCUUCCCUUGGCCCAGACACAAUCACACCACGCCCUGCCACAGAGCCUGAUGGCCCCACCGGCGUCCUUUACGAGGAAGAAGACCAGGACAUGGUGUCCGCACUCAAAAUCAAAAAUCCCGUCGAGGACAACGCUGUGACCUCGGAGAAGGUGGCGACCACAAAACCAUACCGCGUCAUUAUCCGUUGGCGCAACGUCUUUCUGCUUGGCUAUUUGCACUUGGUUGCUCCCUACGGGCUAUACUUGCUCUGCACUUCAGCAAAACUUGCCACCGUUUUGUUUACUGUCCUUAUGUACCAAGCUGGUGCUCUUGGCAUUACAGCUGGAGCUCAUCGACUUUGGGCUCACCGCGGCUACAAGGCAAAGUGGCCUCUGAGAAUUAUUCUCAUGAUUUUCAACACAAUUGCCUUUCAAAAUCACAUUUAUGAGUGGGCUCGCGACCACCGUGUGCACCACAAGUACAGUGAGACUGAUGCUGAUCCUCACAACGCCAAGCGUGGAUUUUUCUUUUCCCACGUUGGCUGGCUCGUCUGCCGCAAGCACCCCUUGGUGAUUGAAAAGGGCAGUGGAAUCAGCUUGAAGGACCUUGAGGAAGACAAAAUUGUCAUGUUCCAGAAGAAAUACUACUUGUAUCUCAUGCCACUGUUCUGCUUCAUUAUUCCCACCUUGAUUCCUGUCUUCAUGUGGAAUGAAUCUUGGACCGUUUCGUGGUUCGGCGCAACCCUUUUCCGAUACACUAUCACCCUGAAUGUGACAUGGAUGGUCAACAGCUUUGCCCACAUGUUUGGCAACAAGCCCUACGACAAGAGCAUUAAUCCUUCCGAGAACUUCUCUGUGGCUGCUUUGGCGAUGGGUGAAGGUUGGCACAACUAUCACCACGUCUUUCCCUGGGAUUACAAAACUGCUGAACUCGGCAACUACAGGUUGAACGCCACAACGGCGUUCAUCGACUUCUUUGGUAAAAUUGGAUGGGCUUACGACAUGAAGACCGUGCCAAGUGAUGUGGUCAAGAAGCGUGUGCUCAGAACCGGCGAUGGCACCCACUACCUGUGGGGAUGGGGCGACAGAGACAUGACAGAGGAGCAGAAAAACACCACUGUCGAGUUGAACAGCAAAGACAAAUGAGCUGCUUGAAGUUUUUUAUUUGAAUGCAUGUACAUGGGAACAUAAUUUAUUUGCGCCAAACCAUACUUUGUGUUGAGAUUUUUUAAUUGAUUUUUGUAUGUAAAAAGUUCAAGGUGGUUCUCGAAUAGAAAAGAUUCGCCUAAAAAUACAGGGUCUGCUGGCUGGAUUCUUUUAGUGAUCGAAGUCAUUGAUAUUAUAUAAUAAUUUGAUUACUUUCAUAACAUAUAAUAAACUUGAGCGCGGAAUUAAAUGUUGUAAUACGCCUGUUUCAAUAAAAAGGCCAAGCAGUUUUGAGGCAUCAAUAUCCAUCCAAUUGAAAAUAAAUUUCUGCAUUAUUUUUUCAUUUUUGCUGCACUUAUAGUUUCUUCAACAAUGCAAGGCAUUUUAGUGAAGGUGAUAUUGAUUUUGUUUUAAAUUUGAAUUAUUAUAAGAUUAAGUUAGGAAAAGGAUGAUGAGUAGAACAUUUCUGAAUUUUUUUU